AAUGAAUACAUUAUAGCCACAACAACCUCAAAUUCAAUAACCCUAACAACAACAAAUACCUUAAUACCCAAAUUAUCCACCUCCAGAAAAUUAAGUUAGAUAUGAUCCACGCACUGCAGCAACAUUUUUAAAUCCUAAAUCAAUUUAGAAGAAAGCUAAAUUUUGUCCAAUUUGUGAUUUUCCAGCAAGUGUAAGAGUUGUUAUAAAUCCUUGCAGACAUUUUAUGUGUUAUGAAUGCUAUUAUAUUGAUGGUUAAACAUUUUGCAAAUUCUGCAAUGAUAUUGUAUGCUCAGUCAAAAGAUUAGAUGAUACAGAGAAAUUUUAUUCUUGUGAUCUUGAUACUUGUUUUAAGUAGAAUUUAUUCAUUAAUAUUAGAUAUUUUGAAUCUGAAUAAUAAUUUGAAGAACAUAACACAUAACAUGCUAUAAUAUUAGGUUGA